GGCGGUUCCCGGCGGCCCGCGGGGCGGGCGGGUGGCAGCUGUUCGGCUCGCUCGCUCGCUCGCUCUCUGGGCGAGCGGGCGGCGCGAUGUCGGGGGAGGAUGGCCUGGCGGGAGGUCCGGGGGCGGCGGCGGCCCGCGAGCGGCGGCAGGAGCAACUGCGGCAGUGGGGGGCGCGGGCGGGCUCGGAGCCGGGCCCCGGGGAGCGGCGCGCCCGCACCGUCCGCUUCGAGCGCGCUGCCGAGUUCCUGGCGGCCUGCGCGGGCGGAGACCUGGACGAGGCGCUGCUGAUGCUGCGCGCGGCCGACCCCGGCCCCGACGCCCAGACCGACCCCGCCGCUCCGCCGCCCGCCCGCGCCGUGCUCGACUCCACCAACGCCGACGGCAUCAGCGCCUUGCACCAGGCCUGCAUCGAUGAGAACCUGGAGGUAGUACGCUUCCUGGUGGAGCAGGGCGCCACUGUGAACCAAGCGGACAACGAGGGCUGGACGCCCCUGCACGUGGCCGCCUCCUGCGGCUACCUGGACAUCACCAGGUACCUCCUGAGCCAUGGAGCCAACAUCGCAGCAGUCAAUAGUGAUGGGGACCUGCCCCUGGACCUGGCCGAGUCAGAUGCUGUGGAGGGGCUGCUGAAGGCGGAGAUUGCCCGGCGAGGUGUGGAUGUGGAGGCAGCCAAACGGGCCGAGGAAGAGCUGCUGCUGCACGACACGCGCUGCUGGCUGAAUGGGGGCGCCAUGCCUGAGGCCCGGCACCCCCGCACCGGGGCCUCUGCACUGCACGUGGCCGCUGCCAAGGGCUACAUUGAGGUGAUGAGGCUGCUGCUGCAGGCCGGCUACGACCCUGAGCUCCGGGAUGGAGAUGGUUGGACACCCCUGCAUGCGGCAGCCCACUGGGGCGUCGAGGAUGCCUGUCGCCUGCUGGCUGAGCAUGGCGGGGGCAUGGACUCACUGACCCACGCGGGGCAGCGUCCCUGUGACCUGGCGGAUGAAGAGGUGCUGAGCCUGUUGGAGGAACUGGCUCGGAAGCAGGAAGACCUUCGCAACCAGAAGGAAGCCACGCAGAGCAGAGGUCCAGAGACCCAGGUGCCGCCCGGCAGCAAGCACAGGCGGAGCUCCGUGUGCCGCCUGAGCAGCCGCGAGAAGGGCUCCUUGCAGGACCUGUCCAAGGAGCGCAGGCCCACUGGGGCAGGGGCGCCCCCCAUCCGAGAUGAGGAGGAUGGGGACCAGGGCCAUCCCGAGCCGGCCCCUGCAGAACCCAGAGCCCUCAACGGCAUUCCCUCUCUGCCACUCGCCAGCCCACAGAGCCCUGUGCUGCCCAGUGCUGCCCCCUCUGCCCAGCGCUUUGGCCUCCAGAAGACCAGCAGCUCUGGGGCCUUGGUGCCUACAGAGAGGCGGGGGGCUGAGGUGUCUGCUGGGGCUGGGCUGCAGCGCUCGGCCUCCACCUCCUGGCUGGAAGGCACCUCAGCUCAGGCCAGGGAGCCCUGCCUUGCCAGAAUUCCCCCUACUCUCUUCCGGAAAGUGCCAGAAACCUGUGCCCUGGAGCCAGGAUCCCCAGUGAAGCCAAGUGUAUCCCCAGCCUCCGCCCCAACCCCAGGGGACUUGCACGACCGGAGGAGGUCCUACCAGAUGCCCGUGCGGGACGAGGAGUCCGAAUCACAGCGAAAAGCACGCUCCCGCCUCAUGCGCCAGUCUCGGAGGUCCACACAGGGUGUGACUCUGACAGACUUGAAAGAAGCAGAGAAGGUGGCAGGAAAGUCUGUUGAGGCAGAGAAGUCGUCCCUGCGGGGCCUGGACUCUGCCCGGAGGCCCAGAGUCCCUGGAGUGGAGAACUCCGAGGACCCUACCCAGAGAGCAGAGGCGCCAGAUGGGCAGGGCCAGGGACCACAGAUUGCCAGGGAGCUCCACAAGGCUAGCAGGGAGCGGCGGGGGCCUGCGGAGGGGGAGGAGGCGGACCACAGUGCAGAAUGCAGCAGCCCUGUGGACGGUGUCCUCGCAGCCCAGAGGCUGCGCUCACAGCAAGACCUCGGCUCGGAGCUGGAGCUGCAACAGGAGGAACCAGAUGGGGGCUUCAGGAAGCUGUACUCAGAGCUGCACAGGGAGAAUGAGCGGCUUCGCGAGGCACUGACGGAGACUACGCUGCAGCUGGCACAGCUCAAGGUGAAGCUGGAGCGGGCCACGCAGCAGCAGGAACGCUUUGCUGAGAGACCAGCCCUCCUGGAGCUGGAGAGAUUCGAGCGCAGGGCCCUGGAGCGCAAGGCUGCUGAGCUGGAGGAGGAGCUCAAGGCCCUGUCUGACCUCCGAGCAGACAACCAGCGGCUCAAGGACGAGAACGCAGCGCUGAUCCGAGUCAUCAGCAAGCUGUCCAAGUGACUCACCCGUACCUAUACAGCUGCUUCUGCCACAUGCACCCUUCCCCACAUGAACACGAGUGAUGACUCUGGGGAAGCCACUGAGAAGCCAUAACCUCCGCUUGGGACCUCACGAGCGACUGACCGGGAGAAAGCACCACUGGCUGGGCUGGAGGCCGUCGCCGAGAGGGACCAGGAAGGAAACGGGCCAGUAGCUGAGGACCAGAGGGCCAUCCCAGGGUCCCCACCUCACAUGUGAUGCCACCCCAGUAUCCUCCCCUCCUGAGCAGGGUCCAGGAAUGUGCCAAGAGUCCCGCCGGCCUCGCCAGGUGGGCCUGUAUAUAGGGUCCAUGUGCAAUAGGAGGGACGUCUUCUAUUUUUUGCUGCCCCCUCCCUGAAUAUUGUUGGGGAAGGGGAGAAGGUAUUUUCGAGACAAAGCACAGGCACCACAAAUAAAAAGUCGUGAUGUUGCCA